GGUGGGUGCCUGUGUGGCGGGGCUCCCGCUGACCCAGAGGGCUGAGAGGAUUAUAUCGCAGAGACGGAGAUAGACACAGACACAGGGGCUCCCUCCGACGGAUUGUUUAUCUUUCUCCAGCCCUUCCCUCCUCCUUCCCUUCCGCUCAGCCCGCCUCCCUCCCUCCCUCUUCGCGGGGCUGCUGCUGCUGUUUUUCGGAGCCCUCCACCUCCAAGGCAACAGGGACAGCCAGCGGGGGACUCCUCUUCAGCCGUCCUUCCCUGGUCCUUCCCAGGCAGGCAGGCAGGCAGACAGACAGACGCCGGAGCCUUCGCCCGGAAAUAAUGAAAAAAGUGUGCCAAGAUUCUUGAUCAGAAAGUGAAAUUUGAGAUAAAAGAACUACUAAGCCCAUGUUUUCGCCUGAUCAAGAAAAUCAUCCAUCAAAAGUAUUGGUGAAAUAUGGUGAAUUGAUUGUAUUGGGGUACAAUGGCUCACUGCCAAAUGGAGACAGAGGAAGAAGAAAAAGCCGGUUUGCUUUAUUUAAAAGGCCCAAAGCAAAUGGGGUGAAACCAAGCACUGUGCAUAUUGCCUGUACACCUCAGGCAGCAAAGGCAAUAAGCAACAAGGACCAGCAUAGUAUAUCCUACACCUUGUCUCGAGUUCAGACAGUGGUGGUUGAAUAUACACAUGACAGCAACACAGACAUGUUUCAGAUUGGGAGAUCAACAGAAAGCCCUAUAGACUUUGUUGUGACAGAUACUGUUCCUGGAAGUCAGAGCAAUUCAGAGACUCAGUCUGUUCAGAGCACCAUCUCAAGAUUUGCCUGCAGGAUAAUAUGUGAACGAAAUCCUCCUUUCACAGCAAGAAUAUAUGCAGCUGGCUUUGACUCCUCCAAAAACAUCUUUCUUGGGGAGAAAGCUGCCAAGUGGAAGACAUCUGAUGGGCAAAUGGAUGGACUAACCACAAAUGGAGUUCUUGUUAUGCACCCACGCAAUGGAUUCACUGAAGACUCCAAGCCAGGGGUGUGGAGGGAAAUAUCAGUAUGUGGGAACGUGUUCAGCCUCAGAGAGACAAGAUCUGCUCAGCAGAGGGGAAAGAUGGUUGAAAAUGAAACUAACCAGCUCCAAGAUGGUUCACUGAUUGACCUCUGUGGAGCAACUUUGCUGUGGCGUACUGCAGAAGGACUCUCUCGCACUCCAACAGUGAAGCACCUGGAAGCCUUGAGGCAGGAAAUCAAUGCAGCCAGGCCUCAGUGCCCUGUGGGCUUUAACACAUUAGCCUUUCCUAGUAUGAAGAGAAAAGAUGUUGUGGAUGAAAAGCAACCCUGGGUUUAUCUAAACUGUGGUCAUGUCCAUGGCUACCAUAACUGGGGGAACAAAGAAGAGAGAGAUGGGAAGGAUCGGGAAUGUCCAAUGUGCCGAUCUGUCGGCCCCUAUGUGCCUCUCUGGCUUGGAUGUGAAGCUGGAUUUUACGUAGAUGCUGGGCCUCCCACUCAUGCGUUCAGCCCAUGUGGACAUGUGUGUUCUGAAAAGACAACUGCCUAUUGGUCCCAAAUCCCUCUCCCUCAUGGUACCCACACUUUUCAUGCAGCCUGUCCAUUCUGCGCACAUCAGCUUUCUGGAGAACAAGGCUACAUAAGACUUAUUUUCCAAGGACCUCUUGACUAACGAACACAUCAGUGUUACCCAAGGACUGCAUUUAAACUCAUAAGCAUAAGCUAAAAGAUUCUGAUUUCAAAUGAACUGUCAUCUUAAAUCAACUGUAUUUCAUUCUCUGGGCUUUGACAGUUUAUUUUGAGAUGAUGAAUACUUUUAUUAUUAUUUCAGUGGUUUAAUUCCUCUGUAGAUAACAAAGUUUGGCUAUGUAGAAAAGCCGGGUGAUGGGUAGGUGGUGCAGGCUGGCGUUAGUUCCUUGCCCAUCAUUUUUUGAGAUGGAAAAGAGAAAAUUCUUUGCCUUUAAUGUUUUGGAUAACAUGCCUUUAAUAUCUAAUCAUUGUCUUUUCGUAAAUAUAUUACUGAAGGUAAAAGUGAUCAGUUCAAAAGGACCUUAGUUUACAGCUUGAAUGGAAACUUUAUGUAAAAUAGAACAAACCAUGUAUAAUAAUUCCUUUUUCUAUUUAUCUUUACUAUGAAAAAAUUAUUCUACAUGACUUGGAUAGAAUAGCAUGGUAGUGGUGUGUUGCAUCCGUUGACUGGAUGUGUAGAUUAGUUCUUGACCAGAAAAGGUAGAAGAGGGAAAUGCUAGAAAAGUUUUCUUUAUUUUGUAAAAAUCUAAAACAAUACUGAUCUCAUAGCAAAGCAGGUUUUUACAAACAAAACAAAUGACAUAGAUGUGCUUUUUUCUUUUUUAAGUGCUUAACCCCAGGUCAGAUCAUCGAGAUAAACACAUUGUUUUUUCUUGCUUUUUCUCUCUUUCUCUAUCUGGUAGAACUGUAAGAAAAGAACUGGUCAUAUAACAUUUACCUGAUACCUGGAAUAUGCAAUUUAUCCUCAAUGAAAUUCUUUUCUUCUUGUGUUAAAUUCUGUGUUUCAGGAUUUUUUGUUUGUUUGUUUCUGUUUGUUUUUGCAUUUGCAACAAUGAAGGUUUUAUGUUUAUUUAAAUAAAAAAAAAUAACCAAGGCAUA